UCCUUUGCUAUAACCUCUGUCACCGCCAAGCGCGGAGGUGACCGACUACCUUGAUGCUCGAAAAUACCCUGGAUAGAAGAUGCGGUUAACGCCUUAUCCAUAUGUUGCGCUCUCUUCCAUAGCUGCGACGACCUUUGCCCUUGCCGAACCCAUCGCCAGCACACUCGGGUUCAGCGCAGUCCAGCAUUUUAGCUCUCCAGCUAUCUUCGAGAGAGACCUCACUUGUCCUGCCAACUAUUUCAGUUGCGAAGAUCGAGGUGCUGCUUUCGCGGGCACCUGCUGUGAGAAUGGUCAAUUAUGCUCCCUAGAUGCGCAUAGCUCAGCAGCCUGCUGUCCUACGACAGCAACAUGUACCGGAGUAGCACCUACUGGUACAACAACUCCCGUCUCCUACGUGAGCAACACGUAUUUCACAUUUCCAUACAUACCAACAUCAUUUGCCAAUUCGGUCGCAUGCACAUCGGCUCUUAAUCAAUGUUCGAGCAAUUACCAGGCCUGCAUAUCGGACUUGGCAGGCUCAGGCGGUGGGACCUACGGGGUCACUAUUGUGGUUCCGGGAGGAGGUGGAACAACAAUCGCGGCAACUCAAGGCACCGCACUCCCUUCGGCAACAGCGACGUCAGUCUGCUCCAGCUUGUCAUCUGAGGCUUGCUAUAACCUGCAGACAUCCCAAUGCGCAUCAGCCGGCUCGACAGGCGGAUUUGUCGUUGGGAAUCAAGCACCACGGCCUACUGCCGCUUGUAUGGCUGGCGUCAUUGCCGGAGUGGGCCUAGGGCUCGUGGGCGCACGUAUGUGAAAGCUGAUCAGCAUGACAGAGCUUUCACUUAUUUCCGACGUGAAUGCGCAUGGUAUCCUGGAGGUCCGGAUGCGGAUUGGACGAUGUCAUGAAUAUUUACGACCCUUUUUCUAAUUGUGUAUAAUUUGACCAGCAAUUAUAGAUGCGUGUCUUCGGUAUAGGACGGUUGGGGCUGUAUGUAGUACUCGGAUAAAGGAAGG